CCCCUCUCCUCCACCAAAAUCCUCCUCCGAUCCAAAUCCACCAACCCUCGCCGCCGCCGCCACCGCCGCCUAUGCCGCCGCCGCCGUCGCCGGCUGCCUAGGGUUACGGCGGCCGCAGCUCCCCCCCACUUCGCCGGCGCGAUGGGGAACACCUGCGUCGGCCCCAGCUCCGCGGCGGACCGCCACGGCUUCUUCCACUCCGUCUCCCUCGCCGUGCUCUGGCGCCCCGGUGGCCGCGCCGAGCCGUCGCAGCCGCCGGGUUACCCGCCUCGGGAGUCGAGCCACUCCUCCGUCACCUCGUCCACGGCGCCCGAGCGCGUCACCAUCGCCGACUCCGACCUCUCCUCCUCCACCCCCAACAAGGGCGGGAAUAAGCCCAAGGUGAGGCGCGUCCAGAGCGCGGGGCUCCUCGCCGACUCCGUCCUCAAGCGCGACUCCGAGCGGCUCAAGGACCUCUACACCCUGGGGAAGAAGCUCGGGCAGGGGCAGUUCGGGACCACGUACCAGUGCGUGGAGAAGGCCACGGGGAAGGUGCUCGCCUGCAAGUCCAUCGCCAAGCGGAAGCUGGUCAGCGAGGAGGACGUGGAGGACGUGCGCCGGGAGAUCCAGAUCAUGCACCACCUCGCCGGCCACCCGAGCGUGGUCUCCAUCGUCGGCGCGUACGAGGACGCCGUCGCCGUGCACCUCGUCAUGGAGCUCUGCGCUGGCGGGGAGCUGUUUGAUAGGAUCGUGCAGCGCGGGCACUACUCCGAGAAGGCGGCCGCGCAGCUGGCGCGGGUGAUCAUCGGUGUCGUCGAGGCGUGCCAUUCGCUCGGGGUGAUGCACAGAGACCUCAAGCCGGAGAACUUCUUGUUUGUCAACCAUAAGGAGGACUCGCCACUCAAGACGAUCGAUUUUGGGCUUUCCAUUUUCUUCAAGCCAGGCGAAAAUUAUUCGGAUGUUGUUGGAAGUCCUUACUAUGUUGCACCUGAGGUUCUGAUGAAGCAUUAUGGCCGCGAGGUGGAUGUAUGGAGUGCUGGUGUAAUCAUUUAUAUCUUGCUUAGUGGAGUUCCUCCAUUUUGGGAUGAAUCUGAACAAGGGAUAUUUGAAAAAGUUUUGAAAGGAGAUCUUGAUUUUUCAUCUGAUCCCUGGCCUGCUAUCUCAGACAGUGCAAAGGAUUUGGUGAGGAAAAUGUUAAACCGUGAUCCCAGAAAGAGAUUGACUGCACAUGAAGCUCUAUGUCAUCCUUGGGUUUGUGUUGAUGGAGUUGCUCCUGAUAAACCUCUUGAUUCUGCUGUCUUAACUAGAUUGAAGCAAUUUUCAGCAAUGAACAAGCUAAAGAAGAUGGCCCUUAGGGUCAUUGCUGAAAAUUUAUCGGAAGAUGAAAUUGCGGGAUUGAGAGAAAUGUUCAAAAUGUUGGACACUGAUAAUAGUGGUCAGAUCACAUUGGAGGAACUAAAAACUGGCUUGCGGAGAGUUGGUGCUAAUUUGAAGGAUUCGGAAAUUACAACCCUAAUGGAAGCGGCUGAUAUUGAUAAUAGUGGUUCAAUAGAUUAUGGGGAGUUCAUUGCUGCAACUAUGCAUCUGAACAAAGUUGAGAGAGAAGAUAAUCUUUUUGCAGCGUUUUCAUACUUUGAUAAAGACAGCAGUGGUUACAUUACUCAAGAUGAGCUACAAAAAGCCUGUGAGGAAUUUGGCAUAGGAGAUGCACAUCUGGAGGAUAUCAUCAAAGAUAUUGAUCAGGACAAUGAUGGCCGGAUCGACUACAAUGAAUUUGUAACAAUGAUGCAGAAAGGGAAUAAUCCACUAGGGAAAAAGGGGCAAGGCCAGCUAAGUUUUGGUCUAAGGGAAGCAUUGAAGCUUGGUUAAUGGAAUAACUACCCCUGAAUGUAGAAUGGAGUGCUAUAUUAAUAUGGUUAUCAUUUACUCUCUCUCUCUCUCUCUCUCUUUAUUUUUGCAGGAAUAACUACCCCUGAAUGUAGAAUGGAGUGCUAUUUAGUAAAGGACGAAGACUGAAUUCAAGAAAGCAGAAGAUCAAAGACAAACGUUGGUGUUACUCCUUUAUCAACACUCUGUGAAGAUACAAACUAACUUUUUGGGUUCCAUCAGCCGGACACACAAGAAAGCCACGUACUUGGGUUUCUUCAAAGAGUUCAACAUCCGUGGACCCUCCAACCGUAUAGGUGUUUUUUUUUCCUUUUUUAAAUAGGCACAACUCACAAGAAUAGCGUGUGUGUUGUUUCAUACUUUCAUGUCCUCCUUUUCCGUUCUGGAAACCCUUGUAGGAUGCUCUGCUGAGACGGUGAAGCUUUGACACGCUUGGAACUUCGGAUUGGAGAGUUGGACGAGAUUCCUUUGCAUUGGAGAGUUGUAUAGUUGCUAGUAUUGAAAUGUUGUAAGAAUUCGUAGGUUGUAACAUAAACAGUAAAAUGAAUGAAAUGGUUGUUUUAGUAUA